CCUCGCGCGCGUCUCAGGGGGCCGCUGACGGUUUUGCGCGCCUGUGCGGAGCCGGAGGCGAAGGGACCGCCCAGCUGGGACUGCGGGGGCCGCGGGGCUUGGCCAAGGGGCGGGCGGGGCCAGCUCCGGGACCGCGGCGACAGCACACGGGGCGAGCCUCUUGAGCUGAGUGGAGCGAUGCUGUGGUUCCAGGGCGCCAUUCCGGCCGCCAUCGCGUCGGCCAAGAGGAGCGGCGCGGUCUUCGUGGUAUUCGUGGCAGGUGAUGAUGAGCAGUCUACACAGAUGGCUGCAAGUUGGGAAGAUGAGAAAGUGACAGAAGCAUCUUCAAACAGUUUUGUUGCUAUUAAAAUCGAUACCAAAAGUGAAGCCUGCGUACAAUUUUCACAAAUCUAUCCUGUAGUGUGUGUUCCAUCCAGUUUCUUUAUUGGAGACAGUGGAAUUCCCUUGGAAGUAAUAGCAGGAAGUGUUUCUGCAGAUGAACUUGUGACCCGAAUUCACAAAGUCCGGCAGAUGCACUCAUUAAAAGGUGAAACAUCAGUGGCAAAUGGCAGUCAGUCAGAAAGUUCAGCUUCUUCUCCAUCCACUUCAUUUGAACCCGACAACAUUUCUGAACACUCUCAGUCUAGAAAUGUAGAGCUUUGUGAGACAUUACCCACUUCUUCUGAUACACAGUCAGAUUCUGCAACAGGAGGAGGAAGUUUAGAUCAUGCCACGCCAUCUCAGGAGAUUAAUGGAUGUUCAAAUCAGAGACCUGCAGAGGACCUCACUGUCAGAGUGGAAAGACUAACCAAAAAACUUGAAGAAAGGAGAGAAGAGAAAAGGAAAGAGGAAGAACAGAGAGAGAUUAAAAAGGAAAUUGAGAGGAGAAAAACUGGAAAAGAAAUGUUGGAUUAUAAAAGAAAGCAAGAAGAAGAAUUAAUAAAAAGAAUGUUAGAGGAAAGAAACAGAGAAAAGGCAGAAGAUAGGGCAGCUCGAGAGCGUAUAAAACAGCAGAUUGCAUUGGAUCGUGCAGAGAGAGCAGCUCGUUUUGCAAAGACAAAGGAAGAAGUAGAAGCUGCUAAAGCUGCUGCCUUGCUGGCCAAACAGGCAGAAUUGGAAGUCAAAAGGGAUGCUUCUGCAAGAGAAAGAAGCACCAUUGCAAGAAUUCAGUUUCGUCUUCCUGAUGGUUCUUCCUUUACAAAUCAGUUCCCUUCUGAUGCUCCUCUAGAAGAGGCAAGGCAGUUUGCCGCACAGACUGUUGGCAACACAUACGGUAAUUUUUCAUUAGCAACCAUGUUUCCCAGGAGAGAAUUUACCAAAGAAGAUUAUAAAAAGAAGUUAUUGGAUUUGGAACUUGCCCCAAGUGCUUCAGUGGUACUAUUACCAGCAGGAAGACCAACUACAUCCAUGGUACAUUCUUCCAGUGGAGACUUUUGGACAUUGUUGGGAACAGUACUUUACCCAUUCCUUGCCAUCUGGAGACUGAUUAGCAACUUCUUAUUUAGUAAUCCUCCUCCUGCACAGACCUCAGUGAGAGCAGCAUCUUCAGAAUCCUCAACCCUUGCAUCUUCCAGCAAUUCAGAAAAAAGGGAACCAGUCAGAAAAAGAGUGCUGGAGAAACGGGGAGAAGACUUUAAAAAGGAGGGGAAGAUAUAUAGAUUGAGGACUCAAGAUGAUGGUGAAGAUGAAAAUAACACUUGGAAUGGGAAUUCAACUCAACAGAUGUAGUGUGACAAGUACAGUAUGUGCAAUAAUCAUUGUUUCUCUUAUGAUUUAAUUCAACUAAAAUUCUGCUGGAGAGGUGGAACUGCUUUAUUUUUUCCAACUGAUCUAUAAAGUAUCUCUUUAUUCCCGCUUAGUGGGUUAAAGUUGUUUUAACUCAGACAAGUCAAGAGAUAAAAUAACUAGCUGCUAGGUCCUUGCAUAUGGUAACCAGCUACUAGAAGCCUAAAAGAAUCAAAAGGUCUUCCACGGCCUCCUUUCAUAAGCUUUCUUAUUCAGUAUUUCAUAUACCCAUUAGUCCUGUGCUCUCAGAUGAUAUGCUUUGUUUAAACUAUUUUGCUCCAGAACUCUUUAAGCCCACACAAAGUAACAUAUGUCACUGAGUAAUUUGACUCUGAGUCAGAGCAUUUUAACUAGCCAAUCAGAUGGUAAUUUGUUUUUUUUUUUCUUUUUGCUCAUCAGCUGCAAGCAAAAUCUUGUAGUUUUUAAUCUUAAACACUGAAUAAAAAAUCUUUUCCAAAAAUUGUAAUGACCUUAUUUUUGCUUUAAGUUUUGUUAUCCUCGCAUCUUUUUGUUGCACAGGGCUCUGUUGAGGUCAUAUGUCUGGUUUUUAACCCUUGGUAUUGCCCUGGAGCUAUCAGGAAAGUAGCUGACCACCUUACUUUAAAUAUCACUGAAGGAAGAAAUUUUUUGACACACAUCGAUGCUAUGUUACUAUCUCUCCUAAGUCAGCAAGGCAUCACUUUGCAUAAUGUUCUUGUCUUUGUUCUCAUCAAAUGCAAAACAACGCUAAUCUACAACUAGUCCCCUAACCUUUAUAAAUUUUUGCUCUCCUACUUCAAAGACCUAAAGUACUUGUGUAGGACGAGAUGUAUGGAAUAAAGAUAUGCCUUUUGCUCAUUUGGUUACUCUUAAGAACUUUAAAGAGAUUCUUAGUCUCGAUUGGUACUUUACCGUAUGUUUUUGGGAGUGGAGUCCACUAAACUAAUAAUGUUUGAAAAAGGGAAUAAACUUGACAGUUCCUCUUUUAACCUUCUGCUUUUAGAUUGAGACAUAUCACUUGAGUGAACAUGUAGAAAGGACCCUGACUUUAUAUUUUGUAAUGGGAGGAAGAAAUUUUCUCAGCAAACUUUUUUCACCUAUGAAAUAACAAUGAUUUUUUAAAAUGGUAGUAGUCAUUGUUGGCAAGGAAACAGGCUCUGCUGGUGGUUGGAGUGAAAACUGGUAUAUAACCUUUUUGAAAAACAUGAGAAACAAAUAUUUCAUACUCUUUGAUCCAACAGUUUUUUCUAAGGAACGAUCAUAAAUGCAGACAAAAUUUAGGCAUAAAUAUAUUCAUUAAGUGGUAUUUAUUUUACCUAAGAACUAGAAACCAACUAAAUGCCUUGUGCAGAUAUGAUUAACUUUCGAUGUGGAGAAAUGGUACAAUAUUAAUUCAACAAUUAUAUGUUAUAUGUUGGGGAGAAAAAUCAGGAUACAGAGCUAUUGGUGUACAGUAUGCUCUUAGCUUUGUAACCACACUUUAUAUAUAGAUACUACUAUGUAUUAACAUAAUGUAAAGAAAAAAGAAAACAUACCGAACAUUGAGUGGUUAUAUGGAAUUUUAGUUCUUUUUUUUGAACUCAUAUAUAUAUAUUCUCUCAAUUUUUUGCAAUGAUCAUAUUACUUCAGUAAUUUAAAAAGUGUGCUUGAAAAAGAAAAAUCCAGCAUCCCAUUUAAGUUAGUUUUGUCAUCUUUAAAAAUAUAGCAAUACAUGAUAUAAAAACAAAAAACUCAAAUGGGUGUGACCCUACUAAUAACUAUUAGAAACAUAUUCGCAAAAACUUGGAGUACCUUAGGUGAGUUUGCCUUGAAAAAAAUCAAAUGUAGAUCUUAGAGAAACAUAUACAAAGGAAUGGUUCACAAUCUUUGAGUAGGAGGAUCUCUCAGUUUUAUAUUUUGAAAAGUAUACAUGGUAAAGAAAAACUCAAAACAAUAUGGAAGGCUAAAAAAUAAAAACCUCAUCUUUGCAUCUUACCCCCAGUUCUAUUCCCCAGAAGUAACCUCUUAACAGUUUCUUUUGUAAUCUUCAGAAAAUUUUAAUGCAUAAUAAGCAAAUAUGUAAUCUUUAUAUUUUAAAUAAAUGGGAUCAUAUUACAUA